AUGAGCAUCACUUCUUUCACCGUGGACCAAGAGUCCAGCAAUUCGAAUUGCGAAACCGGACACGCCACAGAUGUGGACAGCCGGCUCGAAAACACCAUGUUAGUUGACAGGACAUGGCACAUGGCGCCCGAGAUGCAGAUGAUACGCGAGCGAGACGAACAAGGCGGAGAAAAGUCCAAGAAGCUCGGCGUGAGCUGGACCAACCUCACCGUCACCGGCGUCGGCGCCGACGCGACUUUCAAGGAAAAUGUCUUGUCACAGCUGAACCCCUUCCACAAGAGCACCACGGCUGAACCGAUAAAGACCAUUGUCGAUAAUUCACACGGAUGUGUCAAGCCUGGAGAGAUGCUGCUGGUUCUAGGCCGCCCAGGAGCAGGCUGCACGACCUUGCUCAGCGUGCUCGCCAACAACCGCCGUGGCUUCAAAGAUGUCACAGGCGACGUCCACUACGGAAACAUGACGGCCGACGAAGCAAAGCAGUACCAUGGCCAGAUCAUCAUGAACACCGAGGAGGAAAUAUUUUUUCCGACCCUGACCGUCGAGGCAACCAUUGACUUUGCCUCCCGCAUGAAGGUCCCCUUUAAGCUGCCCCCCGGCAUCGACACGCACGAGGAGUACGCCCAGUUUUACAAGGACUUUCUCUUGCGGUCGGUCGGCAUUUCUCAUACUGCCCACACAAAGGUCGGGGACGCCUAUAUUCGAGGCGUUUCGGGAGGAGAGCGGAAGCGAGUAUCCAUUCUCGAGUGCAUGACUACUCGCGCGAGCGUGUACUGCUGGGACAACUCGACGAGAGGACUCGACGCCAGCACGGCUCUUGAAUGGAUCAAGGCAAUCAGGGUCAUGACUGAUAUUCUCGGUCUCAGCACCAUUGUUACAUUGUACCAAGCAGGUAAUGGCAUCUACGAGCAAUUUGACAAAGUUCUCGUUCUCGAGGAAGGCAAGCAAAUCUUUUACGGACCCCAGAAGGAGGCUGUCCCUUUUAUCGAGGGCCUUGGCUUCAUGCGAGAUGGCGGCUCCAAUCGAGGCGAUUUCCUAACAGGUGUCAUGGUCCCCCACGAGCGGGUGAUUGCGCCUGGACACGAGGAGACUUUUCCUCGCGACGCCGACGCAGUGCUCAGUGCAUACAAAAAGUCAGCCAUCUACCCCAGGACGAUGCAAGAGGCCCAAACCUACCCCACGACCCAGGAAGCCGCCGACAAUACGGCAGUCUUUAAAGAGAUGGUUGCUCGUGAGAAGCACAAGGGGGUGCCCGCGAGUUCGCCCGUCACGGCCGACUUUCUCACGCAAGUCAAGGCGGCCACCACCAGGCAGUAUCAGAUCUUGUGGGGAGACAAGGCGACUCUCUUUAUGAAGCAGGGCGCGACCCUCAUGCAGGCUCUCCUCGGCGGUUCCUUAUUCUACUCUGCCCCGGACAACUCUGCCGGGCUCUUUCUCAAAGGUGGUGCCCUCUUCUUUUCUAUCCUCUACAACGCUCUCCUUGCUCUAUCCGAAGUCACCGACUCCUUCACCGGCAGACCCAUCUUGGCCAAGCAUCGCUCUUUUGCCCUGUACAACCCAGCAGCUGUCGUCAUUGGCCAAGUCGUUGCAGACAUGCCCAUCUUGCUGUUCCAAGUUUCGCAAUUCGGCCUCAUUCUCUAUUUCAUGGUUGGUCUCAAGAUGACGGCCGGCGCCUUCUUCACCUACCUGGCAAUCAACUACACAACCGCCUUGUCCAUGACCUCUUUUUUCCGCGUAGUGGGCGCCGCAUUCCCCACGUUUGACGCCUCGACAAAAGUCUCUGGUCUUUCCAUUGUCGCUCUAUUUGUCUAUAUGGGAUACAUGAUUAUCAAGUCCGAGAUGCAUCCGUGGUUUUCUUGGAUCUUCUGGAUAAAUCCCAUGGCUUAUGCAUUUGAUGCUCUCCUCUCAAACGAGUUUCAUGGCCAGAUUAUCGCCUGUGUCGGUCCCUAUCUUAUCCCCAAUGGGCAAGGCUAUGCUGAAGGACAAGGUGGACAGGCCUGUGCUGGUGUAGGUGGCGCGCCGCCUGGAGCCACGAGCGUCACAGGCGAACAGUAUCUCAAGCACUUGUCCUUUGCUCAUGGCCACAUCUGGCGCAACUUUGGCAUCAUUUGCGCCUGGUGGGUGCUGUUUGUUGGCCUCACCGUCUUCUUCACCAAUGGCUGGAAGCAAGUGGGAGAAGGAGGACGCAGUCUUCUGAUUCCUCGGGAACAGCACCACAAGACCAAGCACCUGUUUCAAAACCUCAAAGAUGAGGAGCAGGCACAGCCUGCUGAAAAGACCCAAGCCAGUUCUGGAUUCGACUCUGACAGGAAACUCGACAAUGAGCUCAUUCGCAACCGAAGCAUUUUUACCUGGAAGAAUCUGUCAUACACUGUCAAAACCUCCGAUGGUGACCGUGUACUACUCGACAACGUUCAAGGUUAUGUGAAACCCGGAAUGCUCGGUGCUUUGAUGGGUGCUUCUGGCGCUGGUAAAACUACGCUUCUUGAUGUGCUCGCACAGCGCAAAACGGAGGGAACCAUUCAUGGAUCCGUUUUGGUCGACGGUCGUCCUAUACCCGUCUCCUUUCAACGUUCUGCCGGUUACGUCGAGCAGCUCGAUGUUCAUGAGCCUCUGGCAACUGUUCGCGAGGCCCUGGAAUUUUCAGCCCUCUUGCGCCAAUCUCGUGAUACACCCACCGAAGAAAAGCUACGAUAUGUCGAUACCAUUGUGGACCUGCUAGAACUGAACGAUCUUCAGCAUACCCUUGUCGGUAGUCCAGGAAAUGGACUCUCUGUUGAACAAAGGAAGCGUCUCACCAUUGGCGUCGAGUUGGUGGCAAAGCCUAGUAUUCUCAUCUUCCUCGACGAACCUACAUCCGGGCUCGAUGGCCAGGCUGCUUAUAAUACCAUUCGCUUCCUCCGAAAACUCGCCGCAGCCGGACAGGCCAUCCUAGUCACCAUUCAUCAGCCGUCAGCACAGCUGUUUGCCCAAUUUGACACGCUCCUGCUGCUUGCCAAAGGUGGAAAGACUGUAUACUUUGGCGAUAUCGGUGAUAAUGCGAGCACCAUCAAGUCGUACUUUGGUCGUCACGGGGCUCCAUGUCCGUCUGAAGCUAAUCCUGCUGAGCACAUGAUUGAUGUGAUUUCAGGCAACGGGGCCCCAUCUCAUAAGCAAGACUGGAGCAAAAUUUGGCUGGAAUCGCCCGAACACGAGCACCUCAGCAAGGAACUGGACCACAUGGUUGAAUCCGCCCUCUCUCGACCAUCGGGAGUCAAUGAUGACGGAAAUGAGUUUGCCGCUUCCAUGUGGACGCAGAUCAAACUGGUCUCGCAUCGCAUGAAUGUAUCGCUCUUUCGCAACACUGAUUAUGUUGACAACAAGAUGGCCAUGCAUGUCAGCUUGGCCUUGCUCAACGGCUUCACAUUUUGGAUGAUUGGGGACAGUCUCACAGACCUUCAGCAGAACCUCUUCACCAUCUUCAACUUUAUCUUUGUUGCACCCGGUAUUAUAUCCCAACUUCAGCCCCUCUUCAUCGAUCGUCGCGAUAUAUACGAGGCGCGGGAGAAGAAGAGCAAAAUGUACCACUGGGCUCCCUUUGUUACUGGUUUGAUUGUGUCCGAGUUUCCCUACUUGCUACUGUGUGCUUUGCUGUACUACGUCUGUUGGUACUUUACUGCCGGUCUUCCUUCCGGUCCCGGGCACGCUGGCAGUGUGUUCUUCGUGGUGCUCAUGUACGAGUUCCUAUAUACUGGUAUUGGUCAGAUGAUUGCCGCGUACACUCCAAACGCCGUCUUUGCAUCUCUUGUCAACCCCUUGGUCAUCACCACACUGGUCUCUUUCUGCGGCGUCAUGGUACCGUACAGCCAGAUUGAACCCUUCUGGAGAUAUUGGAUAUACUACAUGGAUCCCUUCAACUACCUCAUGAGUUCCCUGCUUGUCUUUACUACUUGGGAUAAGCCUGUCCACUGCAGAGAAGAUGAACUUGCCAUAUUCGACCCGCCUUCCAACCAAACCUGCGGCGAUUAUCUUUCUGUUUAUCAAAAAGGCAUGGGAGUGGCCACAAACCUCCUCAACCCAGACGACACCUCUUCUUGCCGCGUGUGCCAAUACACACAAGGAGGAGACUUUCUCCAGACACUGAACAUGAAAGAAGAAUGGUACGGAUGGAGAAACGCAGGUAUCGUUGUUGUAUUUGUGGUCGGUUUCUACGGUCUCGUGUUUCUUAUGAUGAAGCUCAGGACCAAGGCUACCAAGAAGGCUGAGUCUUGA